ACGUCCUCGAUUACGUCAUGCGCAAAGUAACCCCUGUCCUGUGUUGAUAGUUUGGCUGUUGGGCAGGUGAAGGUGAAAGCCAGCCAAGUGUGCAAAAAGCCGAAAGUGAACCUUGCAUCACGAUUAUGUCAUCUUGUGGACUUUUUACUGCGCAUACACAGCUGUGCAGACGGCUGGUAACUUCGCGCCAAUGUCUAUCAAGAACCUACUCAUCAAAUCCAGCUCUGAAUGAAGUUGUCAUCGUCAGUGCUGCGCGAACUCCUAUGGGGUCUUUCAGAGGAAGCCUCUCAUCUGUUCCAGCUACUAAAUUAGGUUCAGUUGCAAUCAAAGCGGCCGUUGAGCAAGCAGGUACAGUGACCGCUGCAAAUGCCAGCACUUUGAAUGAUGGUGCUGCUGCUUUGGUUUUGAUGACUGCAGAUGCUGCGAAAAAGCUAAAUGUCAAUCCACUCGCCAGGAUUGUUGCUUUUGCUGAUGCUGCAACUAAUCCGAUUGAUUUCCCGAUCGCUCCAGCUUUUGCGGUCCCUAAAGUUCUUGAGAUGAGUGGUGUGAAGAAAGAUGAUAUUGCAAUGUGGGAGAUAAAUGAAGCCUUCAGUGUUGUGGUUUUGGCCAACAUCAAAAUGCUUGAUCUUGACCCAAAUAAGGUUAAUGUCAAUGGAGGAGCAGUGUCACUUGGUCAUCCAAUUGGCAUGUCUGGAACUAGAAUUGUGGGCCACAUGGUGCACAGUCUCCAGUCAGGGCAGUACGGACUCGCAGGGAUCUGUAAUGGAGGUGGUGGUGCAUCUGCUAUCCUUAUUCAGAAAUGCUAGCAUGUGUGCUGUCUUAUGGUCCUUCUGGUAAGAUUGCAGCCUUGAUGCUUGCUGUGUACAUGUUACUAAACAGCAUCACAAAGAUACCUUAACAGUGAAAGCCUUAUGACUGUUUCAUUGAAACCGAUCACUUUUGAAAUAUCACUCCCAUUUGCUGACUUUUUACUCCAUGUUGUAUAAAUUAACUGCCAUAGGAAUACUGUCAGGAAUCUAUAGUCAGUUACUAUGUAUUGCAUUUACUUCCUUUGAUAGUGAAAUUAUUGAAAGAUUACUGUACUAAUCCUUGAACUGUAACACAACAUAUCUGGAAAUUGGAAUCAGUGAAGGAAUCAGUGAAGACAUAGGAAUGGGAGGCUACACUUGUGUUCAUCUGUACUAAAGGAAGGUGUUUGUAAUACAAAUUGUACACUCCUGAGGGAAUAUUGUGAAUGUAGAGCAAAGCUGAUCCCCUGUAGUUUUGGCCUUUUUGUUUCCUUUGUUGACAGGUUUGCACUGUACAGGAUAUAAGCUCAAACACUCAUUUUCUUUAGUUUCAAAAUAAAUCUGAGGUGUUUGUUAAA